AUGAACAAGUUCUUAAUCUUUGUAUUCUUUGCUAUGGUAUUACUCUCUGCUGUAUCAGCCAACUACGAUUGCUUUGCCAAUUGCCAUAGAGACUACAACAACUGUGUUGUCGCCAAAUUAAGAAACCCAACUAACAACUAUGCUGAUUGUGUCGAUCAAGUCUACAGAUGCUACAAUGGUUGCAGAUAA